AGAAGGAGGAGCGAGCCGGCCCGGGGAGGCAGGGCAGGAAGGAAGCGGGGGAGCGCAGCCUGCCUGCUCGCUCGGAGAGGCCGGGCCGGACGGCGCGCAACAGUUGCAGAUGGCUAAAAGCUAGCGAGGAGUAUCGAGGAAGAUCACAAUGGCUCAGAUUCCUACAACCCUGAACAGAGGCCAAAACAUUUGGGCCAUCACCUCUGAAGAAAGAUCAAAGCAUGACAAGCAGUUUGAUAACCUUAAGCCAGUCGGAGGAUAUGUUACAGGUGAUCAAGCCCGUACCUUUUUUUUACAAUCAGGUCUGCCUCCUCAGGUCUUGGCUGAAAUAUGGGCUCUUUCAGACCUGAACAAGGAUGGGAGGAUGGAUCAACAGGAAUUCUCCAUUGCGAUGAAGCUCAUCAAGCUAAGACUCCAAGGCCAACCCCUGCCUGUGAUUCUCCCUCCUAUCAUGAAGCAACCUCCCGUGUUCUCUCCCUUGAUGUCUGCUCGCUUUGGCAUGGGCAGCAUGCCGAAUCUCUCUAUGCCAGCAUCUGUCCCCACAGCGGCACCUCUGGCUCCCAUAUCUUUUCCUUCGAUGACAUCUAUCCCACCCUUGGUUGUUUCUGCCCCCCUCAUGCCUUCCGCCAGCACCACCUCAUUGCCAAAUGGAAUAUCCAGCCUCCUUCAGCCAUUGCCUGUGUCAUACUCUGCAACUUUGCCUCAUUCUAUUUCGCACAGUCCCAUGACAGGAAGUUUUGGUGGCGCCAAUAUCCAGAAGACACAGUCUCUGAUAGAUUUAGCAUCUAGUAGUUCAAAUUCUUCUUCUACCGCGUCACUAACGGGGAAUUCACCAAAGACAAAAUCUUCUGAGUGGGCGGUCCCUCAGGCUUCCAGAUUAAAAUACCGGCAGAAAUUUAAUAGCCUUGAUAAAGGAAUGAGUGGAUAUCUGUCAGGUUUUCAAGCCAAAAAUGUCCUUCUGCAAUCAAAUCUUUCUCAGACUCAGUUAGCUACCAUUUGGUCACUCGCUGACAUCGAUGGGGACGGACAGCUGAAAGCAGAAGAGUUCAUAGUAGCUAUGCAUUUGACUGAUGUGGCCAGAGCUGGGCAGCCCCUUCCAUUAACUCUGCCUCUUGAGCUGGUGCCUCCUUCCUUCAGAAGUGGAAACUAUGUUGAAAAUGCAAAUGGUACUCUGCCAACAUACCAGAGAAUACAAGAUGAGGAGCCCCAGAAAACAUUUCCAGUUACUUUUGAGGACAAGAGGAAAGCCAACUACGAGCGAGGCAACCUGGAGCUGGAGAAGCGCCGCCAAGUGCUCUUGGAGCAGCAGCAGCGGGAGGCGGAACGCAAAGCGCAGAAGGAAAGAGAAGAAAGGGAGCGGCAAGAAAGGGAACAGCAGGAGCAAGAGCGGAAGAGGCAGCUGGAACUGGAGAGGCAGCGGGAGAGACAGUGGGAGAUGGAAAGGCAACGAGAGGAAGAGAGGAGGAAAGAAAUCGAAAGGCGGGAGGCAGCUAAGCAAGAACUUGAGCGGCAGAGGCGUCUGGAAUGGGAAAGAAUUCGGCGUCAGGAUCUUCUCAAUCAGCGUAAUCGGGAACAAGAAGAAAUUGUUAGGCUGACCUCUAAGAAAAAGAGCCUUAAUCUUGAACUGGAUGCACUGAAUGACAAACACCAGCAGCUCUCUGGGAGAUUGCAAGACAUUCGAAACCGGAAACAAAUUCAGAAAAACGACCUGGAUCUCCUGGACAAGAAAUGUGACUUGGGGAUUUUGGAGAUCAAACAGCUGCAGCAACAGCUUCAGGAAUAUCAGAACAAGCUGCUUCUCUUGGUUCCAGAAAAACAGCAGCUAAGUGAGAGGAUAAAUCACAUGCAGCUGGGUAACUCGCCUAAUGCAGAGCUUAACUCGCUGCACAAGAAGUCCUCUGAAAAGGAUGGAUUGUGCCAAAGACUUAGGGAACAGCUAGACACACUUGAGAAAGAAACGGCUUCCAAGCUUUCUGAAAUGGACGCUUUUAAUGCCCAGCUCAAGUGUGACUCUGUGGAUGAUUCUGUUCUUCAAUGCCUUUUGUGUCUGCUAAGCUGUCUGAACAACCUCUUCCUCUUACUUAAGGAUUUAAGGGAGAGCCACAACACCCAGCAGGUAGCUUUAGAGCAGCUCCACAAGAUCAAACAAGAUAAAGUCAGAGAGCUAGAGAAAAGAAGAGCCGAGCUGGUACAGAAAAAGAGACUGGAGGACGAGGCUUCACGAAAAGCAAAACGGGAAAAGGAGAAUUUGUGGCAGGAGAAUAUCCGGAGGGAGGAAGAAGAGAGAAGAAAGCGACUACAAGAAGAGCGAAUGCAGGAAAAAAUCCAGGAGGAAAAGCAGAAAGCCCUUGCCCAAGAGGAGGAAAAACUAACGGAGGAAAAGAUAAUAAAGCAAGCCGAGAGGCUAAGAGAUGCCGAACUGCAAAGGCAGAAGCAGCUAGAAGAUGAAAGAAGAAGGCAGGAGCAGAUCGCAAAAGAGGCAGAGGGGAGACGCAAACAGCUGGAGGAGGAGAAGCGGAAGAAAGACACAGCUAACCUGCAAGAGCCCGAGAAACCCGUUUCUCAGCUUCGCUUAAAUGAGAGAUUUGCGGGUCUCCUGAAACAGACAGAAAGUCGCAACCUUAAGCCAACGCUGAAAAAUGAAGGUCGUGCUGCAAGUGCCUCUGAUUCUAGGAAAUCGGCUGCCUUUGUGAACUACAGAGCUUUAUAUUCCUUUGAAGCCAGGAAUCACGAUGAGAUGAGUUUCAGUGCUGGAGAUAUAAUUCAGGUUGAUGAGAAAACUGAGGGAGAACCUGGCUGGUUACAUGGGAGCUUCCAAGGGCAUCUUGGGUGGUUUCCUUGCAAUUAUGUUGAAAAAAUACCUGAAAAUGAGAAAGCAGUCCCAUCUCCGAAGAAAGCCUUACUUCCCCCUACAGUAUCUUUGCCAGCUGCCUCAGUUCCUGCAGAGCCACUUCCACCAGGUAAACCUGCAGAUGAAUCAGAUUACCAAAACGUGUCUUUCUCAAGCCUAAAUGUGAACACGUGGCAGAAGAAAUCUGCCUUUACUCGCACGGUAUCCCCAGGAUCUGUUUCUCCCAUCCGUGGACAGGGACAAGCUGUGGAGAACUUAAAAGCCCAGGCGCUCUGCUCCUGGACUGCAAAAAAAGAGAACCACUUGAAUUUCUCCAAAAACGACAUCAUCAUUGUACUGGAGCAGCAGGAAAACUGGUGGUUUGGAGAAGUGGGCGGAGGAAGGGGAUGGUUCCCCAAAUCCUACGUGAAGAUCUUGCCUGGGAAUGAAGGCCAAAAAGAAGAAUCAGAAGCUGUUUACGCUGCUGUAAAUAAGAAACCUGUGGUGCCAUCUUACACCCCAGGAGAGGAGUAUAUAGCGCUGUAUCCUUACUCAAGUUCCGAACCUGGAGAUUUAACUUUCAUAGAAGGUGAAGAAAUAUUAGUUACUCAGAAAGAUGGAGAAUGGUGGACCGGAAGCAUCGGUGAAAGAAGCGGCAUCUUUCCUUCAAACUAUGUCAAACCAAAGGAUCAAGAUAGUUCUGCCGCUGCAAGCAAAACCGGAACGCUAAAUAAGAAACCUGAAAUCGCUCAGGUGACCACUGCUUACACUGCAUCAGGAGAAGAGCAGCUCAGUUUGGCUCCCGGACAGCUGAUCCUCAUUCUGAAGAAGAAUUCCACUGGAUGGUGGCAAGGAGAACUGCAGGCAAGAGGGAAAAAGCGGCAAAAAGGAUGGUUUCCAGCUACCCACGUGAAACUCCUGGGGCCAAGCAGCGAAAGGACCACUCCGGCUGCUGUUUCAAUGUGUCAAGUGAUAGCUAUGUACGACUACACGGCGAACAAUGAAGACGAGCUCAGUUUCUCCAAGGGGCAGCUUAUCAACGUGCUGAACAAAGACGAUGCUGACUGGUGGCAGGGGGAGAUCAACGGCGCGUCCGGCCUCUUUCCUUCCAAUUACGUGAAGAUGACUACAGACUCCGAUCCAAGCCAGCAAUGGUGUGCUGAUCUCCAGAGCCUUGACACCAUGCAGCCAAUGGAGCGGAAGAGACAGGGCUACAUACAUGAGCUGAUCCAAACAGAAGAAAGAUACAUGGAUGAUCUUCAGCUUGUGGUAGAGGUUUUCCAGAAACGAAUGGCUGAAGCAGGCUGUCUCUCAGAAGCAGAAAUGGGACUCAUCUUCGUCAACUGGAAGGAACUCAUCGUGUCCAAUACCAAGUUUCUAAAAGCGCUGAGGGUGCGUAAGAAGACAGGGGGCGAGAAGAUGCCAGUGCAGAUGAUUGGGGACAUCUUGGCAGCCGAGCUGUCUCACAUGCAGGCCUACAUCCGGUUCUGCAGCUGCCAGCUGAAUGGAGCUGCCCUCUUGCAGCAGAAAACGGACGAAGAGACAGACUUCAAAGAUUAUUUGAAGAAACUGGCUUCGGACCCUCGCUGCAAAGGCAUGCCCCUCUCCAGCUUCCUGUUGAAACCCAUGCAGAGAAUUACCCGCUACCCUCUUCUCAUAAAGAGUAUUCUGGAGAAUACCCCUGAAACUCAUCCGGAUUACACCAAUCUGAAGCUGGCCCUCGAGCGUGCUGAGGAGCUGUGUUCCCAGGUUAACGAGGGAGUGCGGGAAAAAGAAAAUUCAGACCGACUCGAGUGGAUACAGUCCCACGUGCAGUGUGAAGGACUUGCUGAGCAACUGAUUUUUAACUCUCUGACCAACUGCCUGGGCCCGAGGAAACUUCUGCACAGUGGCAAACUCUACAAGGUGAAGAGCAACAAGGAACUCUACGGCUUCCUCUUCAGCGAUUUCCUGCUUCUCACCUACCAGGUCAAACAGUUUGUUUCGAUGGGGUCCGAUAAACUGUUCAGCCCCAAGUCGACGUCUCAGUUCAAAAUGUACAAAACGCCUAUUUUUCUCAAUGAAGUCCUGGUGAAAUUGCCCGACCCUUCAAGCGACGAGCCAGUCUUCCACAUCUCCCAUAUCGACAGAGUGUACAUCCUGAAAACGGACAACGUCAAUGAGAGGACUGCCUGGGUCCAGAAGAUUAAAGGCUCAGAACAGUACAUUGAAACGGAAAAGAAAAAACACGAGAGAGCUUACCAAGCUCGAUCACAGAAGAGCUCAGGAAUAGGCCGCUUGAUGGUGCAUGUGAUUGAAGCGACAGAACUGAAAGCGUGCAAACCUAACGGGAAAAGCAACCCGUAUUGCGAAAUCAGCCUGGGGUCCCAGAGCUUUACUACGAGGACCCUGCCGGAUACCCUGAACCCCAAGUGGAACUUUAACUGCCAGUUCUUCGUCAAGGAUCUUUAUCAAGAUGUGCUGUGUAUCACCGUGUUUGACAGGGAUCAGUUCUCACCUGACGAUUUUCUGGGCCGCACCGAAGUCCCAGUAGCCAAAAUCCGAACGGAACAGGAAAGCAAGGGACCAACGACGAAACAUCUACUGCUGCACGAGGUCCCGACGGGGGAGGUCUGGGUGCGUUUUGAUCUGCAGUUGUUUGACCAGAAAACUCUCAUUUGAACAAUAAAAAAACCCAACUGUUUUUGUAAACAUAAAGGGACGAACAAAGACAGGCAGAGCUGUCUGCAUUACAGUGGGGAAAAAAGUCUGACAAGUCAUUCUUCACCCCAGGCGGGUGUCUCCAGCUUCAUUUCUUGUGGCAGCAUCGCUUCAGUUGGCCUCCGAUGUAAAUUAUUUACUGAUGUGCUUAACGGUCACCUAUGCAAUGUAAAAUGUACUGUAUAUAAGAUGCUGUUGUCCAGUGCCUUUACGGAAGUUCAAACUUUGAAACGUACAUGCCAGGGUUUCCAAUUUCAGGGUUAUUUGAAGUGUUAAUUAGGAAUCUGGCAUUAAAAAAAAAAGAUGUUUAAUGUUUUACACUUAGAUUAAUAUAUAGACUGAGGAAUGGUUUAUUUUGGGGCACGAAUCGUUCUGUCUCAGACCAAGAAAAUUAUAUUCCCAGUGCUCCAUUCUCAGGAGGUAUAUUAUGGGGCAAAUAUGUUGAAGCCUUAGCACUUGAGGAAUCUUACCCUUUUAAAAAAAAAAUAGGUUUGACUCGUUACUUGACUUAGUUCUGCAUUGACAAUUACAACGUCUUUCUUAUUCAGGUCAGCUAGUCGUCUUCUGCUGAGACAAUGAGGUUACAAAAAGGAAUUAACUAGAAAUGCUGUUAGUUUUUAAUACUGUAACUCUGUGGAUAUUUUUGGGGCUGUUGUUUUAAUAUGCGUUAUUUAUGUAAAAAUAUUUGAGUGGUUGUGCAGAGAACCUCACCCAGUGCGCACC